AUGUGCCACAUACAAAGACUUGGAUCCUUUAAUGAGAGUGAUUGUUUGAAGAACAUUGUGAAGGACUUGUACCACUACGAAGCCAUCAUAAGAUCUUAUACAAGUCUCGACCUCAGACAUCCAGAUGAAGAGGUGCCACCUCUGACACAGACUCUGAGUAUUAUCCCCAAUCUCCUCCAGGCUUGUCGCUUCACAUCCAUGUCAAAAUCAUCUGACAAGGUGGUCGCUCAUAUGUGGGAGGACAGCUCGUACUCAAACAGACUGAAGAUGCUGAUGAUGAUGAAGGCCUUCUAUGUUCGGACUAUCACGUUUAACCGGGCUGUGGGAUACAUAGAAUCAGGAGAGCACAGAAGCCUCGGUCCCUCUUCGGAUCCACUACAGUAA